UCGAUUCGAUACUAAACAAACCAAACUUGAACACACCACUAUUCGGUUCGGCUCGGUUCGAUUACACCCCUACUGAUAAUAGAAAUUUGUAUUUGUUAUUUUUUUUAUCAAAAUACAAAUUUUAAAAUUAAACUAUAUAUUCAUUUAAUGCAUAAAAUGUUCCUUAAUCAUCUAUUUUAGGAUAAUUGCUUCUAUCUUACAUUUUAGUGAUGAUGAUUUUGUGUCUUUUAACUUUGCAGGUUACUCAUCGUAUUGGUGGGAACAGUAUCCCAUGCAGAGAUGAGUAUCGAUCAGCAUUUCAACUUUCCGCGAGUUCUGGACUAUGCUAGAAGCUUUGCAUCCCAGCCUACAGAGUCAAACAAAUCAAAAGGAUCACAGGCCUUGGCAUUGCUGUAAACAACUUAUAUUUGAACCAAAAGAGUACAAAAUAUUCAACAAGGCUCUUGAAAGGGUUCAAAAUGACAGCCAAGUUAGGGUAAGAAUCGGAUCCCCUGUUACUGGUUACGGAUCAGAAAGCAGGAACCGUGCUGCUCGUCAACGGGUUCCCCACAAGAUAUGGACUGAUGAUGAUGGCACUGAACAUGUUCUGGUUAAUUUCUUUAUUCGCGGACCACAUGGAGCCGCCAAAGUUAUGUUGGAGAUGUUCAAAGACAAGGUGGACAAGGAAUGGAAGUUCAUGUAUCUAAUUGUGGAACUCACUUCACCUUCCCCAACUCAACUCAUCCUCGAGUCUUACAUUCCAGCCUAAGAGCAUACCGGCUGAUCAAUUUCUACUCGGUGUUUAGAUGUUCGGCCUCAAUGCGAUCCCUGUCAGUUGAUCUCGAUGUUUCAAGUUUGUUUGAGAUGAUGGCGAGGACAUGAAGAAUUUGUCAGUUGGGCAGUGCUCGAAUCAUAUUUGGCAGCAAUCUGCUUGUGUUCUUGCCACUGAUUCUUAGCUUUUUCCUACUUCCAUUUUGUUGAAUGUUAAUUUCCUUGUUGCAUUGGAACGCUUCAAAAUUGAGUACCCGUUGACUAUGAAGUAUGGUGGAUUGGUGGAACAUUGUCCACAUGUAGGAGAAGAAAUUUUGUUUAGAUACCAAUAAUUUUGGUGCAUUGAUAACAUUUAGAUCA